AUGCCCCAAUUAGAAGCACAUUCGGACCACCUGAAGGACUCUAAAGUUAAUUACACUUAUGGCACAGCAGGUUUUCGUAUGCAUAGUUCCAAGUUGGAUCCUGUGAUGUACACGGUGGGUAUCUUGGCCGCUCUUAGAUCGAAAAAGCUUGGGAAAACCAUUGGGGUUAUGAUAACCGCCUCUCAUAAUCCUCCUAAAGACAAUGGAGUCAAGGUUGUUGAUCCCUUGGGAGAAAUGUUGGAACAAAGUUGGGAAUCUUGGGCUACAAAGUUUGCCAAUUCGAAUUCUACUGAAUCUUUAGAGCAGAAUAUCAAACAAUUGGUCAAAUCUGAAUCAAUUGAUCUCUCUGCUCCUGCUCAUGUGGUUAUUGGAAGGGACUCCCGAGAAAGUGGACCUGCACUUCUGAGUAGUUUGAUUGAAGGCAUUGAUGCCAUUGAGAUUAGUAGACCAUCUGAUUUUGGAUUAUUAACAACCCCACAACUACACUAUCUAGUAAGAGCUUACAAUGAUCCAAGUUUCGGUAAACCAACCGAGGAAGGAUAUUAUGAGAAACUGAGUUCCACUUUGAGGCGUAUUUGGGAACUAUGUGGCUCCUCUGAGGAAGUAAUUGAUGUUACUAUUGAUGCUGCAAAUGGAAUUGGAGCAAACAAAAUUGAAAAACUGUCUUCAUAUGUGAAAGAUAUUUUGUCUCUGAAAUUGGUAAACGAUAAUUGCGACAUUCCCAAUUUAUUGAAUGUUGACUGUGGUGCUGAUUUUGUCAAGACGAAUCAAAAACUGCCACAUGGACUUAACAAUCCAACACCCUUGAAGCCAUAUUGUUCAUUUGAUGGUGACGCUGACAGAAUUGUUUUUUAUUACAUCAAUCAAGAAAACCAAUUUCGUCUUUUGGAUGGUGACAAGAUUGCAACACUAUUGACUCAAUUUGUCAACUCAUUGCUGUCCCAGUUGCAAGAUGUACAAUUGAGUAUCGGAGUAGUACAAACAGCUUAUGCCAAUGGUUCAUCCUCGCAAUUCAUUAAAGAAUCACUCCAAGUUCCUGUAGAGGUGACUCCGACAGGAGUGAAACAUUUGCACCACAAAGCUGUUGAUUUCGAUGCUGGUAUUUAUUUUGAAGCCAAUGGGCAUGGAACUGUUGUUUUUUCGCAACUGUUUAUUGAAACCUUACAAAAGUACCGCCCAAGAGGGGAGCAAGAUAAGAAAGCUGUAUCAGCUCUUUUGCUAUUAGUUGACCUUAUCAAUCAGGCUGUUGGAGAUGCAAUUUCUGAUUUAUUAGCUGUUCUAGUAGCCUUAAAAUAUACUAACAAAUCAGCAUUGGAUUGGGAUCAAGAUUAUACAGAUCUGCCCAACAGACUAAUCAAGGUUCUUGUCCCUGAUAGAAAUAUAUUCAAGACCACAAACGCGGAAAGAACUCUGGUUGAACCCAAGGGGCUUCAAAGUAGGAUUGACGAAAUUGUAUUGCAAUAUGAACGUGGUAGAUCUUUCGUCAGAGCCAGUGGAACAGAAGACGCAGUCAGAGUUUACGCCGAGUGUAAAGACUCAGAUAAAAUUCAAGAAUUUGUAGACAGAGUUGGUAAGUUAGUAGCAGAAGUUUAA